GUAUAUUGGACAUAUAGUGGCAGAUCCAUCGAUCGCUGUAUACAGUAUUGACUGUGUUACAGUGUGUGUAUUCAAUUCAAUAGACAUUUUAUUACAGUGAACUGCAGAAAUAAAAGGACAAACAGAUCGCUGUAUACUCAGUCAAACUGGAGGCCUCUCGAGAUACAUCCACUUCCCUCAGGCGAUCCCCACGACCCGGUGGACGAGGGAAGAGAUCAAAAGGGAGGAAAAUGUCAGGGGAAACUGUCGAGAGAAUCCCUGAGACAGAAUUGUCACCAAAGGAAGAAGCCGAAAGAAAUGAAAUGGAAAACUGGUUGGAUAAUCAUCCAGAAUUUGUUCACGAUUAUUUUGCAAGAAAGGCAACGAGAGGAAUGAUCGAUGGAUGGUUGAUUAACCACGCGUUAAACCAAAAUGCGAUGCCUAGAUGCAUGACCCAGUCAGCAUAUGAAACGGGUUCAAAUGGUUCAAACUCCCGAUCAACUUCGGGGGCAAAUACUCCAGUACGAAAAAUAUCUGCGCAAGAAUUUGAACGAAGUGUCAUGCCUUUGAAACCAAUGAUUUCAACAGUAGAGGGAAUUCCAACAUUUAUUGGACCAAUUCUAUCAACAGAGGAGGCAGCGUCAAAAACUCUGCGUAAAACACGUAGUGAAUUAAAAGCUUUGGAUGAGCGGGAGCUAAUUUUCGAGUUAGUGAUUGAUAUUUGUAACGAUCUAGAAGUCACGAGUCUAUGUUACAAAAUCUUACAAAAUGUUGGAUUCAUUGUCAACGCUGAUAGAUGUUCGCUAUUUUUGGUCCAAAAAGUGGGAGGAGAACGAUUCUUGGUUAGUAAAUUGUUUGACGUCAGUACAGAGUCUACGCUAGAAGGCUGCGUUGACAAAACAGAGGAAAUACGCAUACCUUGGGGAAUGGGAAUUGUCGGACAUGUCGCAAAGACUGGCGAACGUGUCAACAUCCCAGAUGCAUAUCAGG